GAGAAAAAGCUGACGAGCCCAGACAUUGUUCUGAAUGACAAUGACACAGGUCAUCCAUGGGUUAUAAAGGCAGCCUGGGGUGCACAGAUGCCUCUACAGUGAGCCAAAAGUUAGCCGACACAAUGGGCAAGAUUGUCUUCUACGAGGACAGAAACUUCCUGGGUCGCUCUUAUGAGUGCGGCGGCGAGUGCUCCGACCUGCACUCCCACUUCAGCCGCUGCAACUCCAUCAAAGUGGACAGUGGCGACUGGGUUCUCUACGAGAAACCCAACUACAUGGGCUACCAGUACUACCUGAGGAAGGGCGAGUACUCGGACUACCACCGUUGGAUGGGAUUCAACGAUUGUGUGCGUUCGUGCCGUAUGAUCCCUAUGCACCAAGGCUCCCACAGAAUAAAGGUCUACCAGCGGCCAGAAUUCGGAGGCCAGAUGAUGGAGCUGACCGAUGACUGCCCCUCCCUGUACGAACGCUUCCAUUUCAACGACAUCUACUCCUGUAACGUGAUGGACGGCCACUGGAUGUUCUAUGAGCAUCCCAACUACAGGGGACGCCAGUAUUGGAUCCGCCCUGGUGAAUACAGGAGGUUUUACGGCUGGGGAAGCAUGAGCCCUAGGGUUGGAUCAAUCAAACGUGUCACUAUGUGAGAAAGUUGAAUGUCUAUGUGACGAACCAUCAAUAAAUCUAUCGAAACACUA